AUGAAGCUUGCUGUUCCCCUCGCCCUCUUCGCCCUUCACGGAGCAGCAAAUGCUUUAUACCUGCAAAGGAGGCAGCCAUCGGACGGACCGCCCCGCGUGCUUCGCCUCGACCUGCACAGAAAUGCCAUCCUUGACCCCGUGGGCCAUGAUCGAUUACGAAGGCGCACGGCCACGGUCAACGUCGAUCUGGACAACUAUCAAACGCUCUACUUCUUCAACGCCUCCGUGGGAACGCCCGCCCAGGAGCUGCGCAUGCACCUGGACACGGGCAGCAGCGAUCUCUGGGUUAACACGCCCAAGUCGGACCUGUGCUCCAUGCGCUCCCGCCCGUGCGCCUUCUCGGGCGAGUUCAGCCCCAACAAGUCGACGACGUAUGAGUACAUCAACAGCAAGUUCAACAUAUCCUACGCCGACGGCUCCUCGGCCGCCGGCGACUACGUCACGGACACGCUUCGCUUCGGCGGUGCCAACGUCUCGGCCUUCCAAUUCGGCAUCGGAUACGAGAGCACUUCGCCCCAGAACGUCAUCGGCAUCGGGUAUCCCGCCAACGAGGUCCAGGUCGUCCGGUACGGAAUGAGCCCCUACGACAACCUGCCCGCCAGGUUGGCGGCCGAUGGCAUCAUCGCUUCCAACACCUUCAGCCUCUGGCUCAACGACCUCGACGCCGACACCGGCAGCAUCCUCUUUGGUGGCGUCGACGCGAGCCGGUACCACGGCGAUCUCGUCACCGUGCCCAUCCAAAAGGUCCAAGGCGCCUACGUCGCCUUCUUCAUCACCAUGACUGGCCUCAACGUGGGCACCAAGACGCUCGACGACGACAUGGCCCUCGCCGUCCUCCUCGACUCCGGUUCGUCCUUCACCUACCUCCCCAACAGCCUGACGAAGCAAAUCUACAAUGCCGUCGACGCCGUCUACCAGAACGAGCAGCGCGUCGCCUUUGUGCCCUGCUCCCUCGCCAACGAGAACGUCACGAUGACGUUCAAGUUUAGCAGCCCGGCCGCCGUUGCCGUACCCAUGAACGAGCUGGUCCUCCCCAUACCGCAAAGCGGCUCCGGCGAUCCUCUCACCUUUGACAACGGCGAGCCCGCUUGUUUCUUUGGCAUCCUUCCGGCCGAUUCCGGCACCAGCGUCCUCGGCGACACGUUUCUGCGCAGCGCCUAUACCGUUUUUGACUUGGAUAACAACAGCAUAUCACUGGCGCAGACCAAGUUUAACGCGACGGAGUCAGACGUGGUGGAGAUAACCAAAGGCGCAAGCGCCAUCCCGUCGUCCAAGACAGCUGAAAAUCCGGUCCCUGCAACAUCGGGGCUGCCGAUGAGUACCCAAGGGAAAGGAACGGGGUCGAGCAACGACGCCGAUGACAGCGGGGCCUACGCCUUGAUUCCAAGCCUCGAGGCCGUAGUUUUACCCAUGCUUGUCGGCCUUUUUCUCUCUAUCGCAUAG